GGACUUCCGUGUAGUUUGUUUUGGUGUGUUGUCCUGACAGCAGCCGUUAGCUUAAGUUAGCAUUAGCCGAACAUGUCAGCCACGGAGGACGACACGGAGCUGAGGGACCUGCUGAUCCAGAGUCUGGAGAACAGCGGAGUUCUCAACAAGCUCAAGGUGCGGGGGACUCACUUAAAUAAUAAAUGAAUGAUUAUACGCGAAGUUUGUUUCACUUUAAAUGAUCCGCUUUAAAAUGACGCUAGGCUAAAGUUAGCAUGACAGUCAGAGGGUGUAGCUUCAUUGACUUAAUCCUCAUUUUUAUGUUUAUUUCUGCUUUUGAGUCGACUUUUAUGUUUAAACUGAGUUUUACCUUAAGGUUGGAUCUCUGGGGGAGAUUUUUUCAGUCAUUUACAGAGCUGAUGACUGUUAGCUUAGCUGACCGUGCUAAUGUGGGUCAGAGCUCAGUGAAAACUUCAUUCAGUAAAGUUACUGAAUUAUCCUGUAAAGUGCAGAUUUAAGGUAUUUUUUAAAUCACUUUAGGAAUACUCCCCAAAUCUACUUUUAAUGUAUUCUUUAGAGACAACCCGGGGAGAUACAUCGUAUUUUGUUCUACUAAAAACAGUCAAAGUUAAAAACAAGUCUGUCUUUGUAUUGACCUGUCUUGUGAUUUGUUUUAUAACUGUAAUAUUUGUUUUAUGUAACUGUCUGCCUCAGGCGACAUUGAGCCAUUAGACUAUUCUUUUAGAUUUUAUUGAUUUAUUUUAUUUUAUUGCAUAUUAACAUUGCAACAUACUGCUAAAAUAUUAAUUAAAGGGAUAUUCUGGUGUUAAAUUAAGUUAGGGUCAAACACACCAUAACACCAAGUUAGACACCCCGUCGAGAGAUGAAUGUUGUUUACUGCUUGCUUCUCUAGUUAUACCAACUUUAGGAAUGCCUGCAGAUAGCAAAACAGAGAGCCCCCCUGCUCAACCAAAAAGCCACUCUAUAGUCACAAAUAAUGCUCAGAACAGCACCUAACUUCAUCAACAGUAUAUAUAGGGUCCCAGCCAUAGUACUAGACACCAAACAUCUUUUUAACAUCGCCUAAUUUCUUUAGCAAAGAGACUAAACAGAACUCACCUACUCUCUUCCAGCAGCCACUUGUUUGUAGAGGGACCUCGGGCCAGUCCAUUACGGACUGCAGCGGGGGGAUGCAGCUGAAAGAAGAACAUUUAUGAUCAUUACUUCAUGGAAAUACAAUUAGACCGAGAUGCUAAGGCAGAAGAACUACCGCGUCUGCAGUGCAAAAUGAUUAAUGUGAUGAUUAUUACUUCAAGGGAUGGUAAAAAAAUGAUCAUAAAUGUUCUUCUUUGAGCUGUGUCACCCCGCUGCAGUCAGUUUGGACUUGUCUGCUGGUAGAGAGUGGGUGAGUUGUGUUUAGACUCUUUGCUAAAGAAAUCAGGCAAAGUUAAAAAGAUGUUUGGUGGCUAGUGCUAUGACUGGGGUCUUAUAUAUACUGUUGUUGAAGUUAGGUGCUGUUCUGAGCAUAAUUUGUGUCUAUAGAGUGGCUUUUUGGUUGAGCGUUUGACUUUCUGUAUUGCUAUCCUGUGGGCAUAAAGAAGUUGGUGUAACUAGAAAAGCAAGCGGUCAGCGACAUUCAUCUCUUGAUGGGGUGUCUAACUCGGUGUUAUGGUGUGUUUGACCCUAACUUAAUUUUAUGCCGGACGGAAUAUCCCUUUAAUGCACACUGUCCUCAUUACAUAAAAUACUGACAUCUUUGGUUGCAAGAUGAAGUAUUUUCCAACAAAAUGAAAUCUAAUCAAAUGUUUUCAAUGGGGGACAUGUCAGGACUGCAAGCAGGCCAGUUUAUCGACAGGAUUCCACUACUACAGAGCCAUUGUCUUCUUGAAAUAUGAAGGUCUUCCCUUAAAAAACGCGUUGUCUGGAUGGCAGUAGAUGUUGCUCCUAAACCUGUAGAUAUUGUUGAGCAUUAAUAGAGCCUUCACAAACGUAGAAGCUACCCUUGACGUGGACUCUGAUGAUCCCCAUACCAUCUGGGAUGCUUGCUUAAUAUAUGUAAUCUAUGCUUUGAACUAACAUAUUUAAAAAAUAGCUCAAAGGCACAAUCAUAAACUCAGCAUCAUGAAUCAAAAUUUGUUGAGUUUAUUGUCGCAUUUCUGGUGAUGUGUUCAAUGGUGAAGUAUUUUGAAUAUUUGACCACAGAAGAUGUACGUUCUCAUGUCUGUCUCACCUGUGUCUCCUGCAGGCAGAGAUGAGGGCUGCAGUGUUUCUGGCAAUGGAGGAGCAGGACAGACAGGAGGUAAAUGUUUAUUUCUCUGUCUUUGUCUGUAUUUUUAAAUGUUAAGUAAAUCAUUAAUUCUGUUUUAAUAUCUGUGAUUUCCAGAAUAAAACCCCUCUAGUCAACGAGAACCUGAAGAAAUUCCUCAACACUAAAGAUGGUAAGGGAAUCAUUCUUUUUAGUUUCAGGUUUUCUUUAAUUGUUUAUGUGAAAUCUAAUUUUCACAGCUCAGUCUCAUCAGGCUCCUCCUCUGCUUAUCCAUCUCAUGCUGCAGGCUUUAUGAUGUUCCCAGGUUACUUGUUCUUAUGAAAUGCAAGGUCUUGGGGGGUCUUUGGGGUCUGGUGUGUAGUAGUAGUUCCUGUCUGUAACCACAUAGUGGAGCUGUGGUACUGUCAGACAGCCCUCAGCCUCCAAACCUGCAGGAUGAAAUGAGACCUGAUUCCAAGAUGUAGGAUUGUAGAACACUAAAAACUUAAAACAUUAAAAAUAAAGUCAAACUCUCACUGUUGUGUCUCCGCUGUAGGUCGCCUGGUGGCAGCUCUGAUGGUGGACUUUCUGCAGGUCUUUAACCUGGACUUUACACUUGCUGUGUUCCAGCCAGAGAUAAACCAGGUGAGGCUUUGAGGGAGCGUCUACGACCAUGCUCUGACGCAGCAUCCCUGUGGUCUGUGGCUGUGUAAAUGAGAUCUCAUAUAGCAUUAUCCACUUCCUGUUUCCUGGUCUCUGCUCACACAUGGUGCACCAACUGCACUCAUUUCAAACCGCGACUUCAGACACGUUUCCUCCGUCUGUUUGUCUGCGCUCUCACUGGAAGUCACAACUUUUUAGAGUCAAAACCACAAUUUACUUUCAGAAAGGUUCAGGCUGGUUUAACAUGACUUUUUUGGACAUUAUUGUUCAGAUUUAUUACUUUUUUGUUCUGUUAUUUUAGCGUUAAAUAUUUGAAUGAAGCAAGAAAACAGAGUAACUUAGUUUUGAAAGUUUGAUAUGACGAUCAUUGAUGGUGGUAUGAUGUUUUAUUCGACACCUGAACGUCACACUCCUGCUAAUUGUUCAGGGUUUAUUUUAUUUUGUGUUGAACUAAUUUUAUAAACUGCAUCAAAACUGCGUUUCAGCUGAACGGUCUGGAUGGUCGGGACCUGGUCUGCAGAGAUCUGGGUCUGUCAGAGUCUGAGGUGAACAGGAACUCUCCUCUGCUGCUGGAGCUCGUCAAGAAGCGACACAAAUCCCCCGAUAUCAAAGAAGUAGGUCCUACGGUCUGAGCAUCUAUACUCACACACUCCAUAAGUCUGUGAGGGUUUAAGGCUGAGGGGGCUCUCACAGACUUUUUGAGCCUUUUCUGCACCCUUUCUGUCACUGGGCAUCUCUGCAGACUAUGCAUAAAGGAAUUACCCAGAGUUCAUAGUACUGUGAUGUGAAACUAGGCUUUCUUAGUGCAGUGGUUCUCAAGUCCAGUCCUCGAGGCCCACUGUCCUGCAUGUUUUGGAUGUUUCCCCUGCUCAAACACACCUGAUUCAAAUGAUCAGCUCGUUAUCAAGCUCUGUAAUGGCUUAAUAACGAGCUGAUCAUUUGAAUCAGGUGUGUUGGAGCAGGGAAACAUCCAAAACAUGCAGGAGAGUGGGCCUCGAGGACUGGACUUGAGAACCACUAGGUUAAACUAUAACUCUUUGACCAAUCAGAGCUGCAGUUCCUCUGACCACCACUAGAGGUGCUGUCUACCCUCACUCUGAAAGUAGUCCUGAAUCUUAAUUACAGUAGACUUCAUGUCCUCAUUUAUACAGAUCAUCAUAUCACAAACACAAACAUUACAUGAAAAGUUUAACUAUUUUUCACCUUCCAACAGUUAAUGAAAACACACCUGAAGUGAUCAGCUGAUCAGUGAUCUAAAUCACCAAUGAUCCUAAAUCACAUUUUUCCUGUAAAACUGUUUUCUGGUUCCAGCUUCCUCAGAUGUGUGUUUUCUAAGCAUUUAAAUGAUCUGAACAGUUUGAAUAUGUUUUAUUUCAGAGGUUUAGACCAUCAGAAACUGAUUGACCAGAAACUUGACGGAUCAGUUGAUCAAUAACCUGGGUGACACCUUUAUGAGGACACAGAAAUGUUUACUGUCUGCUGAUUUCAGCUUUUUCUUUUUCAGGAAAACAGAAGUGGAAACACUACCAAGGUGAGCUGUUUGCGCGCGUGUGUGUGUGCGCGUGUGUGUGCGCGUGUGUGUGGGUGUGUGAGUGUGUGUUAGGUAAUAAAGGGGUCACAGGCUUCAUGACACGUGUUCAUGCGCUCAUGUGCUCAUUCAUGUUUGCUUUUGCAUAAGUGUGUAAUUACUACAACUCGGCCAUGCAAGACACGUGUGUGACUCCUGAUGCAGGUGUGUGUGUGUGUGUUUGUGUGUUGCAUCCUGCAGUGUGCAGCUGUUUGUCUGAUGUGACUCGUUAUUUUAUUAGUUUUCUGUCUUUAAAUGCUUUUAAGCUGAUUAUUUUGUCUUGUUGCUGCAGAUGUUUGUGUGCUCUGCAAACAUCAGCUGUUUUCUUAGAGUUUUUGUUUUCAACAUACAGGAUUAUAAAAUAAUGAUUAAUACAAAAGUUAAGGUUCAGCUUCAUGUUUAUUUAUCUGCAGUCAAAUUCUUCUGCUUUCAUUUAUUGUUUCAAACCAAACUCUCCAAAGUAAGUCAUCUUACUUUCAUACAAACACAAUUCUUCAAAAACAGCAGAAUCAAGCUGACAAAGCCGUCCUUCCUCCAUCUGCACCUGCAGCAUCUGGCUUCAAAAUAAAACACAAACCUGACCAUCAAACAGCUGCUCGUUAACACGUGAACACACAUGUGUCUGCAGCAUGAGUUAGACUCAUUAACCACACACGUAUGCAUUAGACUGUUAUGAAAUACUGCUGUAACGCCUUUAGGCUCAGUGAGUGCACGUCUCUGUUUGUUUCUCACUGUUUGUCAGCUGUGAUCAAGGCCCUAAACCGAUUCUCCGCAGUUUUGGUUUCCUGUUGAUCUCAGUGUGUCCUGGUUUCUUCUGUUAAAGCUCAGACUAUUUCACAAUACACACAAAACCACACACUGACUCUACACACCUCCAGUGAACAAAAUAUGAACCCUGCUGGGUUUGAUUUAAAUAUUCAGAAACAGUAAUGGAGUUUGGUUUCUUGCUUGUGUUGGAACCUUGAAGAUCUUUUCUGCUGCCCUAAUCUGAGCCUGUUUUAUGGUUGAUUUUUUUUCCAGAUAAAGAAAAGCUGUUCGCUUUAAUCACAAUUUUGUGGUCCUGAUUUUUAGGCCCUCUGGCAGCACUGCGUUAAAAACAGACAGGACUCUGGAGUGGAAAUCACUGCAUUGACUUAAAAACACUUUCAGAAAUUACUGUGUGAGAACAUCCUCUAAUGCAGGCUACAACUGAACCAUGCAAAGAGGAAACCAGAUAGAAACAUGAUCCAGAAACACCAGAGACUUCUCUGGACCUGAGCCCAUUUAAGGUGGACUAAGGUCAAAAUGUUUUUAAUACUUUUUGGAAAUCAUGGACGCUGCAUCCUCCUCAGCUAAGAGUAGAGGAAUAGCCUGGCUUCUUCUUAGCUCUGCCCUGAUAGUAUGGGGAUCAUCAGAGUCCAUAUUAAAGGGUAUUUGAGCAAAAACUGAAGCACUGAGAGGUUUUCCUGACCUGAGAAAGCAGAAAAUAAAGUCAAUUUAAAAGAUCGUAUUUGCUCAUGAACCUUUCCUUGUCACAGGAACCGACUCAGAAACAGAUUGCACACGCUCGAAAGAAGUUUGACGCUUAUGACAAGGUGAGUGUCUCGCAUCUUUGAGUGAUGUCAUCAUUCUACAGCCAAUCACAGCCAGCGAUUCAGAGCUUCAUGUUUGUUUGUUUUUUAACCUGCAGGAUGGCAGCGGCUCGGUUUUAAGAGAAGACCUGAAGAACGUUUUCACAGAUUUGUUCCCCAGUUUGAACAAGUACGUCUGCAGAACACAGAAACAGGUUUUUAUGUUGUGGAAAGCAGGAAGUAUUUUCAUCACUUCUGUUUGAGCCACUUUGGACUUUUGUGGUUUAGAGGUGUUUUGACAUUUUGUACGGUCACUUCUCAUAAAAUUGUGGACAUUUUCCAUCGUAUUAUAAUAACUAAAAAGACACUUAAGUGAUAUUAUUUUAUAACUAAUUUGUCUUUUCUUUUGCCAGUUUCAUUUUUACCACAAAUAAGUAAUACCAAUAUAUCAUGAAUUCUCCACAACAACAAGCUGAUGUUGUUAUAUGGCUAUAGAGCAUACAGAGGUGUCAGAAUUGUUCAACAAACCAAAUAUCAACUGCAGACUUAGUCAUGUAGACGAACCCGAACAAAAAACUUUUCAGUCCCCAGCGCCCAGUUUUCUGCAUAGAUGUAGAUUUUUUUUAGUUUAAUUGUGGAGCAGCUGACUGUGAAAUUCAUGAGAUGUGAUGGCGUCUUUGUGUCUCUGCAGGAACAUGCUGGAGAGGUUCAUCACUGAUGAGCUGAGAGCAGCAGACAAAUCCUUCUCCAAAAGUAAGAUUUUCAAGUGAAUGCCAGAGACAGAUGUUUUUAAUGGUGGUCGGCUGACUCGUCAAUUUUGCUCUAACACUAUUUCACAACAAUCUAAGAAAUUACUAUGAGCUUUCAAAGUUUUACUCUGGUGUUUACCCAGAAUAUAACUUUGAAAGCUAGUUUGAAAGUUUUUGAUUUUCUCCAUCUGAGACAGACUGCCUUGCCUAAUGUCCUUGACCUAAGUCUGUCCUCUGAAAAAUCUCAAACUGUUAUUUUUAGUCGGACAUUACAAAAAGGAUCUCUACACAGAAAGAGAGCUUUUUAUUAAAGACAGAGAGAGGAUGGAGAAAACUGGUAGAUAAAAAUCUUCACUGCAGCUACAACCCUGAACAUCUGUUUAUUUGUUUUUUGGUCUGAGAGAGUAAAGAUUUCAAAACUAGGACACAGACUAAAAGACCUCACAGACUGAACACGGGGACUUUUGACAGCAUCAUAAAAACAGUAAAUGUAGUUAAAUAUGAAGUCACUCUUCUGCAUUUAUUUGUACACAUCCCCUAUUUGUUGAUCACAUAUUUCCACACAUGUGUUUGUUCACAGCGAUCGACUUCCAGCUGUUCCUGGGGUUUUACAGACGCCUCUUUGCUCAGUGCAGAAGUGUGGUAAGACUCUCUAAGUUUUGUUUUCUUCUUCACAAGUAGUUACAUAAAGCAGAGUCCAACAUUUGGAUAUGCUCAUCCACGGUCCACGGUUCAUCUGCUGCCCCCUCCACAGUCUGAUCAUGCCUGAAUGUGUAAAAAAGGGGUUAAACAGCAGAAACCGGGAAGUAUUUGAAAUAUGUAAAAAUCUUCAUGGUGAAAAUUACGCCCGUCAGCCUCAGCAGCUCUUUUUAUGAUUAGCGAGGAUGUGCAUGUUUAGUCGACUUUACUAGUAAAUGUUAUUCUUGUUUGUCAGGACAAGAAAGUUCAUCUAGUGAUUGAUAAUUGAAAAGCUGGGCCUGAGUUGUGUCCCUUCAAGUUGUUGCCAGAGCUCUGUUUAAUGUUUACUGCCAUAAUGCUAUCAUGCUCUACCACCCGGAUAUAAACAAGCACAGAUGACAGAUGUUGUCUCUCGCUGGUUUGAUCCAGAAGAUUGAGUUCAAGUUAUUGGCUGUAGCUGCUUAAACUGGUUUAUAAUCACUCAACUGCAUUUUAUAAGUAUAACCACGUAGAUUUAUGGAUGUUACCCUGUGGGGAGGACUGAAGGCUGGUGGUGCUAGCUCUGCUAAUGUUAGACACCCUCAGCAAAUUUGUUUAAACUCGUUUACCCGUGUUUUGUCUGAGUGUUGUCUCACCCUAACUCCAUGCCAUCGAAAAAUCUCUGUACAGGCCUUGAAAGUUUUUAAAAAUGUAAACUUUUCCGCUGUGACGUCUGUAUCCAGGUUGUUCAGGACGCAGAUGUCAGUCAGCCGCAGAGUCUCAUACCUGAGGACAAAAUCAGCUCUCCGCCUGUCAGUAAGGUACGUCUGCUUUCACUUCUCAUGUUCACUGCUGCUGCUGUCUAACAAAGGAACAUCUUCAGGAAGUGGUUUUUAUGGUAUUUUAAACAGUCACUUUUUUUCAGCAGAGACUGUUGAAAAUGUUUUCAUGCUGCGAUAAAAGAAUGACUGAAAUAUCUGUAUUCAUAAGGGAUUAUUUAUUAUACUUACUUAAUCUGCACAAAAUUUCUCAGAUUUUUUUUUAGUUUCAGUUUCAUUUAAAACUCUUCAGCUUCAGUCAUAUUCACCAUGAUUUUUCAGGCUGUGAACAUGUUUAUUCCUGCUGUUAAAUUGGGCAUUUUAAUGGGACUCUGGGGAUUGACUCACUUUAGGACACAGCCUCAAGUGGACAAUCUAGGAACUACAGUUUUUGGCAUUUCAGCAUCAGCCUUAAAGGUGGGGUAGGCAGGAUCUGAGGAAGUGCCAGUUUUUGGGAGAAAUCUUGAAUGUAAACUCUACCCCUCCCAACCAGUUUUCCCCUCAGCUCCUCCUUUCCCCUCCCUCUCUGCUCCAGCAAGCCCCGCCCACAAACACGCUCCUGCUCGCUCGUAUCGUUUCAAUUAAAUUCAGAUAUAAUGCAGAUAAAUACUUCAGAUCAUUACAAAUGGGGCCCAGUCAACGUGAAAGUAAAAAGUAUUGGUGCUACUGUAGAUGCCAACAGACUACCAGCAAACACAAUGUUUGCAGGACUUUACAACUAGGAUAAAGUGACAUACUCCAGGACCCGAGGUAAACAGUUUAGCGGCGCUACAACACACAGCAGGUCCCGUUUGACAAGAAACACUUCUGUUACAGACACUUGGCUUACUUUGUUAAAGCGGUUUACCAGUCCAGCAGAAAGGUUACAGGGUCUGUAAGAUCCCGAAAUGUCCCCCAUCGUUUCGCUUCAUUGAUGUUGACCCGGCUUUUUAGCUCUUGUCUGGUCUACAUCCUUUUUAAGCGCCUGUUAUUUCGCCAGAGUCUCCGGUGUUUACUUUGUUUUGUUGCUAAUGUUGGCAGUCGUGGCCAACGGAGGAUUCAGACUAUUUUCCAUACUUUCUGGUUGGUUUCUACUGUCCGAUGUUGUAGCACGCUAACUUUGUUUGGGCUCUAGCAAGUUAUUCGAGGAUGUGGAGCGUGUCUCACAACACGAAAGAGCAGCAUCUGCCUCACAACCAAUCAGGCCGGGGAGGUGGAGAAUGGUUUUGUUUACAGUCAGAAAGAGCGGGCCGCUCAAAAAUGUUAAAAUGUUGACAACACAGACAUAACAAAACACAGUGUUUCUGUGAUAUUCUCAAAUGUCAUCAAUAACUAAUAGUUAUUCACUGAUAUUAAAAGCUUUUUUGUAUAUACAGCACAAAAAAAAGAUGCAUCUUUAACAGAUUCCUGCCUACCCCACCUUUAAUCUGGGGGUUUCUGCUAGAUUAUAAAAUCCUGAACUUUGAUCUGAACUGGUUAACACUUUUAAUAAGAUACAGAGUAUAAACUUAAGGAUAAAACAAAGUUCCAGUUUGAGGUGUGUUGGAGCUUCAUAUCCAGCUGCAGUUGAUGUCAGAGUCAGGUGUGCGUCAGGUGUGCAGCAGCUGAUCCGUGUCCCUGUCGUGCACAGAUCCCCAGAUUUAAAGGCCAGAGUCACAGAGGACAGAGUCAGACAGCAGCCAAGGUAACAACAUAAGGAGCAGCUCAACAUUAGCUUCAUGCUAACACUCACUGAUGUCAUCAAAUCAGCACCUCUGCUUACUAACCCUGACAUCUACAUGUUUUACCUGUAAGACCAGGUUUUAGGAUCCAGAUCACUGAAUACUAACCCCCUCAGUCUCUGCAGAUCACAGACGUCCUGCUCUUUCAUGCUGAUAUUUCAUUUUCAUGUGAAAUCUUUGCUUAAAAAAAACCCGCCGGGAAACAUAGAAGAAUAAACAAGAAAGAAUAGUUCUGUCAUAUUCAUCAUCAUGUCCCUCCAUCAGUUUCUGUAGUUUUAGCUUCGAUAUCAGGGUCUAAAUAUGCAAAAAAACAUUUUCACACAUUUCUUUUUUGACUACAGUUUAAAAGCCUCCACAGCUUUUAAAUAACGACUGAUUAAAAUGGCUUGUUAUCUAUUUCAAAUACAGUUUGCGCAAACUUCUUUAGCUCCUAACCAGGAACUUCACGGUAACUCCUCAGAUCAGUCGUCAUUUUUCAUUUAAUGCUGCUGUACUUCAUAAAAGCUCUUUCAAAGUUUCUGCUUCAGUCGCUGAUCUGAGUCGCCUGAGCACUGUGGAGUUUAAGGAAUCAGCGUUUCCUCUUCAGAUCUUAAUCCUCACCUUUUUAACACCAGCUCGGAUCAGGUUUCUGCCUCCUGAUCCUGGUCUCCUCACGUCACGGAGGACUAAAGCUGUUUCUGUCCUGUUUUGUGCCCUUGAUCAGGACUUGGAAAGUAAAGGAGACUCCAAACCUCGAGAGACGCCUGAGAAACGGGUCGCCACCUCAGGUUUCCAGAGGGACCGUCUGGACCUGGAUCUGGAGGUGGAGGACGAUCUUGACGAGGGGGAUUCAUUCUUUGAUGACCCACUGCCCAAACCACAGAAGACCUACGGCUGGUGAGGACGCCUGACCUUUGACUUAAAAUAGCCCGUAUUGUUUUGAUAAAUGUCUGUUUCAAAUGUGCUCCUGAAAUCCUCUCACUGAGGUCACCGGCCUCACUGAGAUUAUUAUUCUCCUGCUCUUUAAUGUGGAAGCCCCGGCCUUAGAUGUUCCCUCUCUCUCUCACUCUUUCUCACUCUCUGUCUCUCUCUCUGCUGCCUCAUGUGUCGUAGCUCUCCCUUUGGAGAGAAGGACUCAUCAGAGAGGACGAACAGUCAGAGAGAGUGAGUAUCAAAGUGUGCUGGUCUCAGAGUUCAAAGAUUUUUCAGCACUGAGAGGGUUCAAAGACCGGCUUUAGGAUUAAGAUCCAUUUCUAAGCGCAGACAAAGAUGUCUGUGAUAAUUAUUCAAAGUAUGAGGUAGCUUCUGUUAGGAUUAAGAUGUAAAUUGAUCAGCUUGUAUUUUACACCAUCCCAAAUCAUGAACAAAGUCAGCUGAGGACUCUUUGAAUCAAAACCAGGUCUAGAAAACUCUUUAUUUUGUUAUUCACCCAAAAUCAAUCCUUCAUAAACAAGACGAACUUCCUGAAAAGUUGUUAUUUUUUUAACACUGUAUGAUGGAGCAGCUCUUAGAUGAACAAACUAAGCGUCUUUAUGUUUUUGUCAAUAAGGAAUAAAACAUAAGGAGUGAGUUAAACAAACCAGUGGAUGAUAAAUCAUAUCCUGAAUACAGUACAACAUGAUAUGAUGCUAAACAGCACAAUUCUUUAGUAUAUGAUACAGUAUGAAAUAAUAAAUAUCUUUACUCCCCAGCUGCCAGAUUUCUUAUUGACUCAAGUGCUGCAUGUUUAUCCCGCUCUACAGUCAGAGAUGUUUUUUUUUUUCUCUCUUAUUAGAUCAUGGUUCGAAUAAAAGUAGUAAAAAUCCCUCCUCAGAUCAGAGAUCUGCUGUGACAAACUUCCUGUUCAGUUUGUUGUUUUUUAUCCUGCUUUAGUCCCUCACUCUUCCUCUCCUCUUCCUUUCCUUUCUGCUCCCUUUUUCGUUGUUUCGCAGUGAUGCUCAGGAUGAACCAAACACACUCAGAGUAACUGAUUCGGUAACAGUCACAGGUUUCUCCUUCAGUAUAAGAUUAUUAAAAGAGGUGUGGUGCAUCCUGUACGUCCCUCUGAGCACGUCUUACCUGUCCCCUGAAUUCUCUGCUUUUCUUAUGUCCUUGUAUCUGUAUUGUGUCCUCUCCUUGUCUCCUUGCACCCUGCCUUCCUUUCGUCACCUAUCCUCCUCACCCGUGACCGCCCCCUCCUCACCCUGCAGUGUUGUCCCUCUGAGGGAGGAGUGUCUCUCUGGGCCCAUCGUGUCCCCCAUGAGGCGAGGCAGAAGCCUCAGCGAGUGAGUGUGCACGCUCUCCAUGUCCACUCUCCACUCCACGAACCGACGUUUAGUGACUCCGAGAGAUGAAAUGUGUUUGUUCAUGUCUUUAUUGUUGGAGUUUGAACUGUUUUACUCACAAGUACAGCUGAUGAUUCCAGAGAAUAAAUCUGUGAAAUUUUUCACUCUUAUAUUCCUCUACAGUGGCGAGAGUAAUAUCUAUUUUUAACCCUGAAUAAUUACUGUAUUUUACAUCACCGCUGGAGUAUUUGGCUUCAUUUAGAAAGGUUUUCUUGUGGGGGGAAAGUAGACCAGACAGAGCCCGAGGUAUAGAAAUCCAAGUUCAGUGUUUCCCCUCAGGUCAGACCCACUUUGAGCUAAAAUCAGAGUUUUAAUUUAAGAGAUGAAUCACAGCUUUUUAAUGAACUUCACCUCAUACUUUAAAGGCAUAUUCUUGCGUAAAAUUAAUUAAGGGUCAAACACACCGUAACACCGAGUUAGACACCCCCUCGAGAGAUGAAUGUUGCAGACCGCUUGCUUCCCUAGUUUCACCAACUUUAGUAACAACCGCAUAUAGCAAUACACAGCGGUCUGAGGAGCCAUAAACAAACCUCAACCAAAACGCCACUCUAUAGCCACAAAUAAUGCUCAGAACAGCACCUAACUUCAUCAACAGGACAUACAGGGUCCUAGCCUUAGUACUAGCCACCAAACAUCUUUUUAACUCAAAGAGACUAAACACAACUCACCUACUUGUUUGUAGUGAGACCUCAGGCCAAUCCAUUACAGACUGCUGCGGGGUGACACAGCUCAAGGAAGAACAUUUAUAAUCAUUUCUUUAUCAUUUCCUUUUAGUCAUAAUCAUGAUAUUAAUCAUUUUGCACUGCAGACGUGGUUGUUCUUCUGCCUUAGCGUCUCGGUCUGAUUGCAUUUCCAUAAAGUAAUGAUCAUAAAUGUUCUUCCUUGAGCUUUGUCACCCCGCAGCAGUCUGUAAUGGACUGGUCUGAGGUAUCGCUGCUGGAAGAGAGUAGGUGAGUUGUGUUUAGCCUCUUUGCUGAAGAAAUCAGGCAAAGUUAAAAAGAUGUUUGGUGGCUAGUGCUAUGGCUGGGACCCUAUACGUACUGUUGAUGAAGUUAGGUGCUGUUCUGAGCAUUAUUUGUGGCUAUAGAGUGGCGUUUUGGUUGAGGUUUGUUUAUGGCUCCUCAGACCGCUAUGUAUUGCUAUCAUGCAACAUUCAUCCCUUGAGGGGGUGUCUAACUCUGUGUUACGGUGUGUUUGUCCCUAAAUUAAUUUUACGCCAGAAUGUCCCUUUAAGGUAUUCAGCCUUUUCUGUUCUGUGAUUUAAAGCAGAUUAUUUCAUGUUCAUGCAUGUCGCCCUGAACCACAUCUGACGCUUGAGUUUGUUGUUGUUUUGUCUAUGAUGACUGACUCCGCUCAUAUAAGCACCACCUUCACUUCAGACCAGAGAUAAGCAUGUUUCAGCAUCUGUAAUGUGGCUGCUUGUCGUGUCCCAGCAUGCACCAGUAUCAUGCUCAUCCUUUUCAGACCAGUUCUCGCUCACCUACUUUGACCCUGGGAUGUGUUCAGGAGUCUGAGCUGCUCUGCUGACCUCGAUAGUGUAGCAGAGAGUGUUUGAGACGAGUGUAAUCGUGGGAGAAACCCGGUCUCUGUGUCAGUGUGUGUGUCAGUGUGUGUCAGUAUGAGUGUGCGUGGGCUGAAAUCGAGUCAGAUCUCACUUCAUCAAACUUUAAUGACCUCUGAGGACAAACUGAGCAGCCAGAGGCUCCAGGCUCCAAACAACAGGGAGCAAAAAUAAACGACUAAACUGUCCUGAAUAUCACGUGAACCCUGAGUUUAGUCUGAAACGGAUCAGAUCACUUCUGCACGGCUGCUCGGUACUCUGUGUGAUCUGGAUUUCUGUCUUUGUGGGGACUGUCACACAGUGGAGAGGUCAAAUUAAAGAGAGCACUUCUGAUAAAAACCUGAGGACCUUUUACAAAGUCAGGAGGUUUCAUACAAAUUGAGGACUUUAAGAAUAAACCCUGAAAAUGAGUACGUUUGAUGUGGUGUGAGGAUGGUAAACGUGAUGAAGUUUUAUAGUAACAGCGAUGAAGACUGUCUUUCACCUUCUGUCUCUCUCUUGUCCCCCUCCUCCUCUCUGUGGUGUCAGUCUGUCUGUCCUGGCUGCUGACUCAGAGGGCGAGCGAGAUGAUCCUCCCUCUGAACGCAGUCAAACCUCAGAGCUCAGGUGAGCUUCAGGUGCACCUCCCCCUCUCCUUUUCCUCCCCGUAUCAGUCUCUGUAUCGAUAUUAUGAAGUGUUACUUAGUAUCACGACUCAAGCAGGUUCAUGCAUCAAUGUUUCUUUGUCUUUGUCCUCUAUCCUUUCUGACUCUGUGCUGUUAUUUUUUUUUCCAGGAAAGUGGAGGCAUCCGGGGCCAGAGAGAGUCCGGUAGGGUCCCUGUCGGAGGGUCCAAAACCAGGAGGAGGAGGAGGAGGAGGAGGAGGAGGAGAAGGAGGAGGAGGAGGAAGUAGCGUGUCUGAGCAAAGCCACAGCAAGAAUGGUGAGAGUUCAACCAACAUGUGGAUAAUCUGACAUCCUGAGAGUCUGACUGUAAAAUCAAAUGAACCAAAGCAGUGACGUCUUCACACAGAGUUUAUUCAGAAGUUUUAUGUUUUAUUUCAGGAGCGUCAAACUCCAGAGAACGAGGAUUCAAAGACUCAAAGGCUCUGAACGAUAAAACUGGAUCUCUACAUUUAGGUAACAUUCAAAUCCUCUCACAUUAACGAUCACAUUUUAUUCCUUCAAGCCUCUUCUAUUCAAUGUUGUAUAGAUUUAUUGAAGAUAAGUUCAAGAUUUGGUAAAAGUUCCUGACUCUUUAAUUUUCUGCUGCUUCUUAGAUAUAAACAAGUGUCAUCUGCAAACGUUUAGAUAAUCUGAUUUGUCUGUUUUGUGUUUUCACUUUCUUUUUGUUACUUUAAAACCCUCUUGAGCUCAUAAACGAUCAAAAGAUCCUUGUUGUUGAUUUGUUUUCACAAACUCUGACUCUUUUCUUUCACAGAUGACGAUGUAGAAUAUGACGAUGACUUUAACAGGUAAGACUUAAACUUCUUUUAACAGCAGAAACUACUUGAUAACGUGGCGUAGCAUUGCAUUUGUCAACAAGAGUUUGUUUUUCAACUGCAAGAUUAAUGCUGUAGUAUGAUUUAUUUUUUGCAGGGCUAGUCCAGGCAUGUAGAAAUUCUGUAGUUUCAUAUAUUUAGCAGCAGGUUUGAAGUCUUUGCAGGUUGAUUUUAUAAAAAAUUGACAGAAACUGUCCUAAGUUUUGUUGAAUUCUCUCUGUGUAUUUUUCUGUUUUUGUUUCAGCCAUCGAUCAGAUCUCUCCAAGAGUGAGAUCAGUAUUGGUGAAGAGAUCGAGGAGGUCUCCAUCGAGGGUCCAGAGAACAGCGAUAAGGUGACAAGACCACCUGGUUCAGGUUUUACCUCUGCAUACUGUCCCUUUAAAUGUUGACAUUAACUCUGACACUGCUGUUUGUUCUGCAGUUUGAUGAGACCACACAAGACCUGAGCGUCUCUCAGCUCAGCCAGAGUCAUGGAGCUGACUACAUGGAGGAGGUGGCCUGACCUCCCAAUCAUCCCCCCCCCCCUUCCCAUAAUGCACCUCUUUGUAUCGCCAAUAUUUAAGUCUGUACAGUCCAAUCAGCAAUAAAUAAAUAAAUCCAUUUGUUUUAAGA